AUGUUUUGGCUCGGGCUCCUGUCGCUGCCGGCCGCGCAGGCGCAGUUCAGCACCACCAUGCUGCGCUUCGGCUGCGCCCAGAUAACUAUCGACCGGAUCGACCCUCUCGUCCAGCCCGGCAUGGUCCCCUCUGCACAUGUCCACCAGGUUGUCGGCGGUAACGCUUUCAACGCGUCGAUCCCCGUGACCGACGUGUCCAAGCUGGCCACGUGCACCUCGUGCACCUUCGACCAGGACCUGUCCAACUACUGGACGGCCAACCUCUACUUCCGGGCCCGCAACGGCACCUUCCACCGCGUGCCGCAGAUGGCCAACCAGCAGAUCGGCAACGCCAACGGCGGCCAGACCGUGUACUACACCGCUCCGGGCCCCAACACCGUGACGGCCUUCAAGCCGGGCUUCCGCAUGUUCUCGGGCGACGUCAACCGGCGCCAGCCCAGCGGCCUGGGCCAGCGCAAGCAGAGCUGCUUCCGCUGCUACACGGGGCCCAACUUCCAGGGCAACACGUACUCGCCGUGCUUCGAUCCCAAGCUGGACACCGAGGGCUUCCCGACGACGCCCUGCCCGGGCGGCAUCCGGUCGAGCGUGCUGUUCCCCAUCUGCUGGGACGGCAAGAACCUCGACUCGCCCAACCACAUCGACCACGUGGCGCACCCGGUCGACGGCCCUGCCACGUUCGCCCAGGUCGACGGCCAGUGCCCGUCCACCCACCCGGUGAAGAUCCCGCAGAUUCAUUACGAGAUCGUCUGGGACACGAGCAAGUUCAACAACAAGGAGGACUGGCCCGAGGACGGCUCGCAGCCGUUUGUGCUGUCGACUGGCGACCCCACCGGCUACGGCCAGCACGGCGAUUACGUCUUCGGCUGGAAGGACAACUCCCUGCAGCAUGCCAUGGACAACCACUGCUUCGGCCCGACCUGCAACGGCCUGACCACGCAGGGCUUCGACAAGGCCAACCAGUGCACCGUCAAGAAGACCGUCCGCGAGGACACCGAGGGCUGGCUUACCGAGCUGCCUGGUGGCCACAUGGUCAUGUAA